AUGGUGCAUUACUAUUGAUGAUGAAAGUACACAAAGCAAGAGAUGCAUGCCGAGAUAACAACCUCACUUUAUUAAUAAACGUGAACAAACAGUAAAUCAGAAAAUGACUACAGGUAAUAGUGAUGGACUUUACAACACAAGAAUUUCACUGAUCAACAAGUACAACUGGUGUCAAUAGGAUAAAUGUAUCAUCUGAAAAAUGCAUGGUGUCAUAUCCAGCAGAGAAGCCUUGCCUCAUCUCUUUCUGUUGCUAUUCCGAUUAUCGUCCGUUACUCCAUCAGGGUGUGACGAUGGCGCAUGUCAGCCACAAACUGUCCAAAUUUAUCAAAUCCCAACGACAACAAUCUCAGUUCUUCCAUCAAAUGUGACGUGUAAUGAAUUAGAUUGUAAGUUUAAUUAUACAUCAAACAAUACUGUACCAGCAUUGAUGAUUGACUAUGAGGUUCCAACAGAGUACACAACAUGGUCAACUAAGGUAUGGUUUAGCUCAUCAAGUAUACCAGAGAUUAUUGUCACCAUAGCUUUUGGUAAGGACCAUAGUAUGGAAGAUGACCUUAUUGUGACAUUUCUUUCUGAGCUUCCCGACGCAAUGACUCUUGAAAAAUCAAGCAAUUAUGGAGAAACCUGGGAUACACUGCAAUAUUACUCAACAAACUGCUCAAAAGACUUUGCAUUAAAUGAAAGUUAUCAUAGUUCUGACGUGAAAUUUACAACAGACGUGAUAUGCGUUAACCCAUUUAAUGAGCAAGUCGAUGAAGAUGUUAAUCAUAUUUAUUUCUUAGUCAAGCCUCGUUUGGAACUUCUUUCACCGGGGCUGUCAGAUCCUAAUGAGCUAUACGAAGGGCUCGAAAGAGACAUUGCAUUGAGGCAAUUUCUGAACCUUACAGAUCUAAGAAUAAGGAUGUUGAGGCCAACUUUCCAAAAUGAAACAAGUUAUGAUCGAGGAAAUAGUGCAUCAAUGCUAUAUAUGGCUUACUUGGCAAUCUCUAACAUUCAAACUUCAUUGAGUUGCAACUGCAACCUGCAUGGCAGCUAUUGUACCGUCAUCGCAGACAUGCUGUCCUGCAACUGUCAUCAUAACACCGAGGGACGUAGCUGCGAGCUCUGUAAACCCGAUUAUGAUCUGAUACCGUGGCAACCUGGAUCAUUUUUGCCACUGCCGAAGGGAACAGCAAACAGCUGUCAACCUGUUCCGUUAACAACUCCCAUUUUGAAAGCAACAACUCUUGCCAGUGCUGCGACCAGCAUGUCCAUCUGUGCAACAAAUCCAUGUAUAAAUGAUGGAACUUGUCAGGAAACCAACAACGGAUACUCAUGUCAAUGUACAAAUGCAUAUACAGGCAAUACUUGUGAGUCUGAGGUAAACCCUUGUGAUAGUAAUCCCUGUACAUCUGGUGAUCUUACAAUUUGCAAUAAACAGAACAAUGGAUAUAUUUGCACAGAAAAACAGGAGGAGAAAAGUGGUAUAUCGACCAAAACCAUCAUAAUAAUAUCAGGAGUGAGUGGAGGAGUAGUGCUAUUUUUUGCAUGGGUUUGCUUUAUUAUUUACUGGGCAACCUACAGAGAAAAACCACAAAAGAUGAACAGAAAAUCUCAGAAGUAUAAUGUCCAAACAGCUAAGGUAAAUGGACAGUCUAUGUCCGGUCAUUACACUAAAAGUUCAGACUUGUUGAUUCCUGAUGGUUUAAGUUCACAAAGAGUCCAUGAACUCCAAGAGAAGUGGGACGUAAAGGAAAGUAACCUAUUGCUAGGCAAACUGCUAAGCAGCGGCAAGUUCUCGUAUGUGUGUGAAGGAUCAAUGAAAGAGGAUGACACCGUGGUAGAAACCAAAGUCGCUGUUAAGCUUCUUAAAGAUGAAAGUGAUGAAGCAAGUAAAAAUGAGAUCUUGAAUGAGUUUAGUAUUCUGUCAACAGUUGGUAAAAAUAACAAUACAGUUCAACUGCUAGGAAUGUGUUCAAGAACUCUGGAACAAUCAACUCAGCUUUGUUUGGUGAUGGAGUUUGUUGCUAGGGGCAACAUGCAGAGGAUCUUGAGAAGAUGUCGAAGCAGACGACGAGACCAGCCAGCAGUGGAUCCACUUCCUGAGGAUGAGCUGCUUGGUUAUGCUAAUGAUGUCAUCCUAGGUCUUAAGCACUUGGACUCUCUAGGGAUUCUUCAUAUGAACGUAUGUGCUAAAAAUGUUCUCAUCACAUUCAACAAUAAAGCAAAAAUUUGUGACUUUGGAAGAGCAGUGGAAAUACAGGAACCAGACCAAUACACUAAGUACAAGCCACACCAUGAUGAGCAAAAGAAAAGAUGGAUGGCAUAUGAAGCCACAAUAGAGGGAAUUUAUAACUCCAAAAGUGAAGUCUGGUCUUAUGGAAUGCUGUUGUAUGAAAUUGUGACCUUAGGUGGGAUUCCUUAUGCUGACAUCAAGUUGCGGAACCUGAAGGAGAAGCUUAAGGAGCACUAUCGAAUGGAAUGGCCACGGCACUGCUCCCAAGACCUCUACAACCUAAUGUUGAGUUGCUGGCAUCGGCGACCCGAAAGUAGACCUUCGAUUAAUCUGGUGGCAAAAGAAAUUAAGUUAUUCAAAUCUGCAAGCAAGAAACACAUGUGUUUGAAGGACUACCCAUUUCAGACAUACAUUGCAAUCAAAUAUCCGGAAGACUUUGAUGAUCCAAUGGCUCUUCAAGACUCAUUUGUUUAAGACAUAACAUUCAAGUUAUAAGUGCAAUAGGAAUAUAAAAACAACAUAAACUUAAUCAAAUUAACUUAAUCUUCUACAUUCUUAUAGGUAAAGAGAGCUUAUCAUUUAUGCUACCAUAUGCCUUGAUACAUUUUGUAUUUUAUAGUUUGUUCAACCAUAUCCACAUUUUUUAGGAUACUGUACAUUAAAUACUGUAGGUUAGUUUCCACAUUUCUUUCAAGCUUUUCCCCUUGGUUUUAAAAAUGUUCAGUGCCAAUUCCUCACUUGUAUCUUCCAAAAAAAUCAGGAAUAUAAUGUAAAAAAAAUCAUACUACAAUGUAAUAUGUAAGUAAGGGAAUCGCAGAUUAUUUGUCGAAUGUGACAUAUAAUCGCUAUUGUCAAUCCCAAACCCAUUUGCCUAACAGUAUAAAUCUGGACAAUUCAAAUAAAAAAUGUAACAGUCAUACUGCCCUCUAUGUUUCAGAACAUUAUAUAACAAUUUUUUUUUUUAGAAAAGCCUUAGGAAAUAGAUAUAGAAUGCAAUGGCCUGAAUAUAUAAAUUCCCAUAUUCACGGUAAGGUAGGAAUGGGAAGUGAGCAUUCAUAAUAUACCAAUUAAAACUGAAAUACCAUUUUUAAAUAUCAAUCUUAAAUU